CUUGCUAACAAGAUAAAGAUGUCACAUAGAAUAGAGAGCUCAAAGGGGCUGCCAUGAUAAAUAUGAGGGAAUGGAGGUGUUUAAAUAUAGGCGUAACGUGCGUCUGAGCUAUAAUUAAUCGGUUGACGUUUCAAAUUCCCUCCAAUACAACUUCUCUUUUACCUUAAAUUAAAUACUCAUCCAAAAUUAUAGCCUUUUAUUUUUUCAAAUUUCAACUUUGAAUGACUCAUUAGAUUAGACCAAAAAACAGAAGCAUGAUAGUUUGUUAUUAUUAUGGAAUUAUUGAAUGAUCAUUUUUUUUUCAAACGACCCUCCUAAAAUCUUGUUCCCUUUUUCAUAUAUUCUGUUAUUUUUCCUAUUUUUAUGAAACUUGUUUCUCUCCUCUUGUCUUAAAUCUUUUUGCUUGUUCAGAAAACACUUUGACAUGUUCAAAGAUUUCACCCUUUUUCUAGUUUUUUUUUUUCUAAUUUAGAAUGAUAUAGUUUAAAAAAAAUAUUUUUUUUUUGUUAUGAUUCUUGAUUUGUAGGGGAAGAAGAGAGGAUUAGUAUAAUAAUAAUAAUAAAGAAGAAGUUAUAAAGAAAUUAAUGGCUUCUUCUCAAGUAGAAAUUGCCUCCUCUUCUCCAUUUGGCUAUGUUGUUAAUAAUAGAUGUUGUGUUACUACUAGAGAUUCCAAUACUUUUUCGAAAAAUUUCAAGAAUUUGGUUCAAUAUUCCCACUUGCAUUCUUGCAUUUCAAAUCAAUCCAAGAAAACAUUUGUACCUGAUUCUUGUGAAAAUUCACAAAACAAUGGUGAUUUAUGUGUACACAAAACUGAAUUUAUUAAGAACGAUACUAGUAAUGCUUCUAGUAUUAUGGUGUUCUCAAUGGACAAAGAGAAUCAAGAAAGUAGUAGUAUACAAGUUUCAAAUCUUGAUGGUGGUGGUGGUGUUUCUUCUCUUGUUAGAAAAUGGAAAGGUUUUGAAACAGACUCAAAAUCCGAGAGUUCUUUGUUUGUUGGAAUUCAAGAAUGUGAUGAAUCUUGUUCCGUUGUGAAAGUUGAGUCAUUUGGUGAUUGUGAUGUAAUAAAACAAUCAGAUAAUAAAACGGAUGAUGUAAGUAAAGAUUGUGAUGUUAAAGAGAGUGAGAGGUUGGGAGUUGCUGAUAUUAUAAAGAAGUUGAAAUUUGAUAACGGUAAUGUUGUUUCUGUGAAUGGUGGAUCAUUGCCUCGUGUUAGGACAACAACAAUGGAUCAUCAUUCGGAACAGCAAAGGUGUAACUUUUCACCGGUUCUGAGUUCACCUCGUUUCAUUAGGGGGCGUCAGGCGUUUAGCGAUUUGCUCAUGCAAAUGGAACGUGAUAGGCAGAGGGAAAUUGAAGGUCUUGUUGAACGUAAGGCGGUCUCCAAGUUCCAACAGAAAGGCCGCAUUCAGGCUUUGCUUCGAGUUAGACUCAUACGACAUGGUGCGGAAGUUAGAGGUGGCCGAACAGUGCAUUGCUCAGCAUCCGAAUCAAAUAAAUCGACACAUUCUUCAAUUAUGCAUCUCAGGAAAAAGUUCAAUACAGUCGGACAGCAUGGUGUUGGUGUCUCAAGAAACACCUCAAAAGAAUUAGCAGAAAGCAAACAUGAGAGCGGAAGCCUCCCUUCCACACCAAAUCAACAACAAAAAGAGAACAGUCAUCAAGACUUUAAAAGCGUAAGAGGCCCCCAAAGAGAACUCGCUCGUAGUAACUCAGCUAAAGCAGGAACUGGAUUUUCAUUAUAUCAGCAGAGAGAAGAGGAUCCACUUAAGGGGCUGCUCAAGGAGAGAGAACGGAUGCAGCUUGUUGUAGCCGACUCAAUAAAUACCUCUAUAGCGUCAGGAGAUAACAUUCGAGACACCAGCUUAUCUAAGAAAGGGAAUCAUCAUAAACCAAGAAGCCCCCAUAAAGAGGUAGCAGAUAACAAACCAAAAGUCGAAACUAUUGUUACAUCCAAUCCACUACAAGAAAAGAAUCGUCAUGAGGAAGCACCUGAUCAAGUAAGCCCCAGGAAUGUGGCAACUAGCAUACAUGUUAGAAACAUGUUUCCAUCACAUCAGCAGAGAGAAAGGGAUCAUCGACUUAAGGAUCUUGUCAGGGAUAGCAUUAUGCAACCUGGUUUAGCAGACUCAAGAAGUACCCCUAAAUCUGGAGAAAAUGCUCGAGACUCUUGCAGAGUUGAAGAAGAGAGUCAUCAUAAACCAAGAAACCCCCAUAAAGAGGUGGUAGAUAACAUCCCAAAAGUCAGAAUUCUUUGUAUAUCGAAUCAAUUGCCUGAAGUGAAUCAUUAUGAGGAAUUAUGUAAGAAAUUAAGCUCCAGAAAGGUGGCAACCAGCAUACCGGUUACUAACUUGGCCGAAAAUCAGAAGGAGAUGGCACGUAGCACCAAAAAAUCAGAAGGUUCUUGUCGAUUAAAUGAACAUGACAUGGAUCUUAAGCAUCAAGAAGUUAACACCAGCUUACCGAGAUGUACUUCUCAAGCAAAGAGCUUUGACAAUAUUCCUGAAAAAGCUAGUUGGGAAAACAAAAGAUCUGAAGCUAGCCACAGCAACCUGUUGGAUUUUGUGGAGAUAGCAAGACCUUUUAUGAAUAGAGGUGAAUCUAAGCAGCUUCCAUGGACUUGUAAUGAGUGGUCUAGUAUUUGCACUAAUCCUCAAAGCGGCCGGGAAGAGGAAGCGACCAACAAGUGUCUAGUUGAAAGUUACAGCGGCUCGGUAAGUGAAUAUUCUCUCUCAGCUAGUGGAUGGGAUGAACUGCAGUCUAACUACCAGCAAGACAAUGAAGACUGGAUAAGUAAUAUCUCUCGUCCACGUAAAGAAUGGGAAGGUCUCAGGCAAGAAAGAUACCAAGAGAUGCUUGAUCCUUUCUCGGACAAUCAUGACUUACAACAACUUCUUCACAGAAAAACUGUUUCAAUGUUUCUUAACAGUGCUUUGAGAGAGGAAAUAGAUCGGAUAAUGGCGUCUCGCUCACAACAACUACCAAAAGCAAUGAGCAGCCAUGUUGAGGAAGAAAUAUCAGCACAAGCGGCUGAAGAAGAGGAGGAAGUGGAACAAAAUGUAAGAAAAGAAGAGGAUGAGGUAGGAGGAGAAGAAGAAGAGGAGUGGGGCUAUGACGAUGACUCCGAAGAUGAAAAUAGUCCUAGUAGACAACGGUACAAUGAACCUGAAGGAUUAAUUCAUCAGAACAUAUAUUCACAGACUUCACAGUCAUGGAACACAAAUCCAGACCAGGAAGUCACUGAUGACUCUUAUCACUUCACAUCUCCUUCUUCACUACAAUCUCAAUCGUCUAAUAUUUACUCCCAACACAUUCAACCAUAUUCUUCCUCCACUGGACAUCCUUCGCCUGAAAUGGAACUCAUAUAUGAGAUGAGAGGGCAUAUGGAGCAACUCCACCAAGAGAUUUUUGAAAUACGGAGAUCUAUGAAGAGUUGUAUGAACAUGCAAAUAAAAUUACAACGUUCGAUUAAGCAGGACGUUGCAGCUGCAAUCAGUCAGUUAGGUCAAAAUAGCAUAGGAAAUUCAGAUAACAAGGGCUCAAACAAAGGAAAUUGUCGUAUUUGCUGUUCGGAGCCAGUUGACUCGCUUCUUUACAGGUGUGGACAUAUGUGCACCUGUUUCAAGUGUGCACAUGAAUUGAUUUCCGGUACUGGAAAAUGUCCAAUAUGCCAAGCUCCAAUAAUCGAUGUUGUGCGUGCAUAUGCUCAUUCAUGAUGUGCAUGUGAACUAGAUUCUGAUCUGGAGGUAUGCCAGACAACGACAACAAAAUUGGUAACUAUGCCUCAAUUCUGAGUAAGUUAAGGUCGGAUAUAUGAACCUCCGCUGUUCAUGUCACUGCACUCAAGCCUCAUCACAGUCCAAUAUUAUGUAACACAUAUCUAUGCCAGCACAUCCUGGCAUAGGCUAAUCAUAAUUUACUAGUUUACUCUGGUUACCAUCCUACUGCAGUCUUCAAGUUCACACAAGCAGAGUUCUGGAGGUUUGCCAGACGCCCUUUUUGUGCCAAGGAAAGACUAGCAAAAGGGUGAUUUUAGUUUUCUUCUUUUUGUUUCUUCUUAGUCAUCAAAUCCUUUUGUAGCUAAUUUACUAUCAUAAACCAGGUUUAGAUUGACAGAUGAGUCGGUCUCCGUUGGUUCCAUUAACCAUCCUUGUAUAUGAUAGGAUAAAGGAAAGAGAAGUUCCUUAUGGUGAUAGUAGAGUUGUAUCUUUCAA